AAAGAAGAAUAUGCAGUGAAAAAUUCUGUAGCCAUCCAGUACCCGCUCCCUGAAGAAAAAAGUGCAUUUGAGUCUUUCAAAAUCUGAGCCUAGCCUAGCCUACCAUCCUACUUUCCAUCAUACUGGCUUCAAGGAAGCUCAAAUGCUCACUGUUGUAGUGUUUUCCUGGAGGACGCUGUUCCUAUUGCUUGGAUGGCCUUCAUAAAGCCCUCUUUGGAUCAUCACUCUGGCAUAAUAAGUGCUCAGAAAAAUACUUGAUGAGUGAAUAUGCGGUUAGAUUGAGUAUCUUCCUCUUCUGAACUUCCACCUUACUUGGCAGUAAGUCUGGUUGCUCCUGAAUUCAGUGCAGGAUCUGUCCCUGAAGCACAUGCUUGCCACAUAGAGUUCGGUAUAAACCACAAAAGGUCAUAAAACGGAACAGCUACCACACUGAGUGUAGGGGCGGGUCUCUGCAAAAGAACAAGAGGCCCUCUGCUUUCUCUGCAUCCCUUAUUCCAGAUUCCCGACUUCUCUUCUGGAGCAGGAAACCAGCAGUGCACAAAACAGAGCCUCCGUACCUUCAAGGGAAAUUGCGCGGAGGGCAGCCGGGAGAAUUUUGUCCCGUCCGCUCCCCGUCUCUGGUGGCAGGGCGAGCACUGCGUCGGCGUGCGUGCCUGCGCAGCCGCAGGGCUGGGCGAGUGGGCGGGGCCGGCUGUUGGCGGCGGUUGGCGUGGCCGGGGAGGCGGCUGCACGUGCGGGCGGGGGCGAUGCGUCACUGAUCGGUGAGGCGCCGCGGAGGGGUCGGAUUGCCUUCGAACUCUGCCCCUGGCCCCCUUCUCAGAGGAACAAGCAUGAAUAUGACUCAAGCCCGGGUUCUGGUGGCUGCAGUGGUGGGUCUGGUGGUUGUCCUCCUCUACGCCUCCAUCCACAAGAUCGAGGAAGGACACCUGGCUGUGUACUACAGGGGAGGAGCUUUACUAACUAACCCCAGUGGACCAGGCUAUCAUAUCAUGUUGCCUUUCAUUACUACGUUCAGAUCUGUGCAGACAACACUACAAACCGAUGAAGUUAAAAAUGUGCCUUGUGGAACAAGUGGUGGGGUCAUGAUCUAUAUUGACCGAAUAGAAGUGGUUAAUAUGUUGGCCCCUUAUGCAGUGUUUGAUAUCGUGAGGAACUACACUGCAGAUUAUGACAAGACCUUAAUCUUCAAUAAAAUCCACCAUGAACUGAACCAGUUUUGCAGUGCCCACACACUUCAGGAAGUUUACAUCGAAUUGUUUGAUCAAAUAGAUGAAAACCUGAAGCAGGCUCUGCAGGAAGAUUUAAACCUCAUGGCCCCAGGCCUCACGAUACAGGCUGUGCGUGUUACAAAACCCAAAAUCCCAGAAGCCAUAAGAAGAAAUUUUGAGUUAAUGGAGGCUGAGAAGACAAAACUUCUUAUAGCUACCCAGAAACAAAAGGUGGUGGAGAAAGAAGCUGAGACAGAGCGGAAAAAGGCCAUUAUAGAAGCAGAGAAGAUUGCAGAAGUGGCAAAAAUUCAGUUUCAGCAGAAGGUGAUGGAGAAAGAAACUGAAAAACGCAUUUCUGAAAUUGAAGAUGCUGCGUUCCUGGCCCGAGAGAAGGCAAAAGCAGAUGCUGAGUAUUAUGCUGCACAUAAAUAUGCCACCUCAAACAAGCACAAAUUGACCCCGGAGUAUCUGGAGCUCAAAAGAUACCAGGCCAUUGCUUCUAACAGUAAGAUCUACUUUGGCAGCAGCAUCCCUAACAUGUUCGUGGACUCCUCGUGUGCUUUGAAAUAUUCAGAUGUUAGGACUGGAAGCAGAAGCUCUCCUCUCCUCUCGAAGGAGGCUCUGGAAGCCUCUGGAGAGAGCCCCAUCCAAAAGAAGGAGAGCAUAGGUUGAUGCAAGAGGUGGAAAUGUUCUCCCAUAUCAAAAUGUGGCCCAAGGGGUUAAAUGGAAACAAUGGUUUAACGACUCUCCCUGCUCGUCUGUUCUGCCUCUCCUGUGGUAGUCCUGGCUUUUCAGCUGAUUCCAGGAUAGAGCCAGCUGUCUGACACCCAAAUGGUCUUUUCAGCCACAGUUUUACCAAGUAUGCUGUGUGUGUUCCUUUCUAAACUGGUACUCAUGAAUGAGGGAAAGUCUGAUGCUAAGAUACUGUCUGCACUGGAAUGUUAAACACUAUAUACAUAACAAGCUGUGUUUUUCUAAGCUGAGAUCUAUUAAAUAAUGUUUACAAUGGCCUCCGGGGAAAGUGUGCUCAGCCGUUCAAGAGACAGAAGGCCAGAGAGGAGACAGCCAGGAUGUGGUAAGUGUAAAGACUCCUUACACCUGGGACCCAGGCUGUCCUUAGGGUCUAGUCCCUGCAUUCAUCCAUGUGAUUAGCGUCUAGUCCGCUGAAGUUCCCCAGGAAAUGAUCUUCCACUUGAGCAAUUUACUUGAUAGAUUUGCACUUUUGUUUUGCUACAGUCAAGUUGGUGGCUUGCUGGGAUAUGCACCUUGCCACUCAACCAGAGAUUCCUCGUAGAGAUUCCUAAUCACAAGUUUUUUGCAUUAGUAGGCUCAGAGAUGGAGCUUGGUUUAAAGUUUGCGGUGAGAUGAAACCCUUACUUCGAACCAAAGCUCUGGGGCCCUGCAUUCUCCAUUGAGUGGUGACUGUCUGUGUCACUGCCCUAGGCUGUGUGUGACUAAGGUGCCUGGUUUCUAACUACAGACAACUCCUUCUGUGUCACUUCUCAGCUCUGGCUAGCCAAGAGCGGGACAGGGCUUCCACCGGAAACAGCAGCAUACAUUUCCUAGCUGUUCACUGCACGGUGUUGUAUCAUAACUGCAGGAAGUUUUUAUUUUGAAAACUGGAUUUGGGGUACAUUUAUUUGCCCCAGUACCUCUGCCUAAAGGCCAAUUUCUAGGCUGCCAUGGUUACCAGCACACCUAUUCUCCUUCUCCAUAUUGUUCACCAGGAGACCUACGGUGUGGAACAGAGAGUAACUUAGAGCAUCCUUGUCUCCUGCCCGCCUGGCUGUGAGAUGCAGGAAUCAAAGUUCUCCAACUUGAUUUCACCUUCCCUAGGAGAUCAGAAUCCCACUGACUUCCGAGGCAGCCAGUGGCUUUAAUCUUCCAUGAGAGGAUGACAGGAUUAGUUAGCCUGUGGCUGUGGGCAGCCUGUUUCAUCUGGACUUCUUUCCCCUGAAGAUUAGCUUUCCUAAAGUAGCGUGCCCGUAGUAGUUAGGCCUGAGCUGUGUGCAGCCUGAGUUUGUGUAGACUGUGUUCAAGCCGGACAGAAAAGUCCCGCGACGCUUCCAGCAACCUAGCCAUCAGCCUCGUAACAGAUGUGGGUUGUGCCAAACACUAUGGGAAAGGAGUCCCAGAUCUGAGCGGGUCUUUUCCCAGGCCUUAUCCUUACAGAGGCAUUUGUAAUAUGGAGAGAAUCAUUUUUUCGUUUUUGCUCAUUUAAUUGUAUACAUUCUCUUUACGACUGAAUUUUGUGUUCUCUAGCCCUCGUUAAAAAUUUUUUUGAACUAUAAAAAUAAACUCUUCACCUGUCAUCCAUUGUUGCUGCAGAUAAAUAAUGAUUGUUGUGGGAAAUCUGGAUCAUUGACCUCUGUGCUUUCAUUCCUGGAGAUGUUUCCUAUUCCCGUGAGCUAAAAAACGCUGCCCCAGAGUGCCGGGUGUGGGUUGUGUUACCAGCCGCAGGCUCUGGCGGCAGAGCUGAGGCACAGGGAACUCCAUUGUGAAGUUUUACAGAAAAUACUUCCACUUGACCUCCCUCCCGGUGGGGUGUGCUUUCCUGUGCUCACUGGAGCUCUCAGUCUGUCCCUCCUUCAGGGAUGUGUCUUUCGGCAAAUAUACACUGUAAUCUUGAGUCUAAAUUUAUAUGUGAAAUGCUACCUUUUUUAAAAAACAAAACAAAAAACUAAAUAAAAUUAUUUUACUAUCA